AUGAUAACUAUUGGUAUAUGUAUUGUUGCAAUUUCAAUUGUGUUAAUCGCUCUUAAAUUGAAACUCGACUUCCUCGAAUCUAUAUUCUGUUCUUCUCAUAGACGAAACCAAAACCAAAGGGACAUUAUUAUUCUUCUUACGGGAACAGCAC